AUGGCUGUUGGAUGCCACCCUGAAUUCUUGGAGCUAGUCAUUUUUGGACCGAGACUAGGUGUGUUUAGGGGCAGUGUUGGUGAUGGAGUGUGUGGUGCUGUAGCCUUCAGCUUUUUAGCAGCCAGUCUGCACCCUGAUCAGACUAACGCCUUCUCUUUCUCUUUGCAGCUUUUCGCAGACAAGGUCCCAAAGACAGCAGAAAACUUCCGUGCUCUGAGCACUGGUGAGAAAGGAUUUGGUUACAAGGGGUCCUGCUUCCACAGAAUCAUUCCUGGGUUCAUGUGCCAGGGUGGUGACUUUACACGCCACAAUGGAACUGGUGGCAAAUCCAUUUAUGGGGAGAAGUUCCCCGAUGAGAACUUCAUCCUGAAGCACACAGGCCCUGGCAUCUUGUCCAUGGCAAAUGCUGGCCCCAACACAAAUGGAUCCCAGUUCUUCAUCUGCACUGCCAAGACUGAGUGGUUGGAUGGCAAGCAUGUUGUCUUCGGCCGUGUCAAGGAAGGGAUGAACGUGGUGGAGGCCAUGGAGCGCUGUGGAUCAAAAGAUGGCAAAACAAGCAAGAAGAUCACCAUUUCCGACUGUGGGCAGCUCUCAUAAAAGCAAAAUAAAACCUGUUGUCUUAAUGACCAACCAUUCCUUCUGUAGCCCGGGCUAGCGUGCACCCUGGUGCAACUCGGCCCCUGUAAUCCUUGUGCUCCUGACUUACUGCUGCGUUUCUAUUGGGUUUCAUUCCCCCACAUUGACAGUCUAGCAGGACUGCAGAGUUAACGUUUAUGAGUAAAUAAAAUGAGUUAAACCACAA